AUGACAGUGACGAGAAGGUCUAGAAGAACUCAGUAUGCAGCAGAAACUGCCAAUGCCAAGCCUUGCGAUGAAUCGUCCACUAUAGAUUCUAUAAUUUCUGAUUCUUGCAAUACAUCAUCCAUGAGCAAGAACACACCAGAUCAUCCAUUGUAUUCCAGCAGUGGCCGUAGAAGCAUGGCCAACUCUACCACUUCUACCAUCAAAAACAGUAAGAAACAGACUGCCAUUUUGACCACUUGUUUGAGUCCGAUAAAGAAUGAUAUCAAGUUGUCCGAAAUCGGUCUUUCUGCUAUUGGAUUUACCAACCCAAACUCCGAUGCAUUUGAUUUCCCCAGCAAAAAGACUAACAAGCUCAAGCCAACCAUCACCAAGACUGGCACCUUUACAAAUAAUGUUGACGCAAGUAUUUUGAACAAAGCACCGGCUGAUCAGCAACAUCUAUCCAAACAUGACAUACCAUUUGAAGAUCGUCAUUCCAAAUCACGCAAGAAAUCUAGCUUGACGAGUUCAACACAAGACAAAAUAGUUACACAAUCGAUUGACGAUCAUGCAUCACAUUCGAAUAUACAGCCACCACUCAAUGAUAUAACGGAAACCUGUUUGCCUUCAAAAGAAUUAAAAAUAGCCAAUCCUUGUACAGCAUCCUUGGCAUUAGAAUGUAGUCAACCUUGUCCGGAUAGACUGGUCAAAGCUAAUCAAGCUAAAUUAAAGCCACUUGAUCAAUCGUCAUUUUCCACUAUUCCAACUAGCUCAAAAAAUUCUCUUGUGGAAGAUAUGAGCUCAUUGGGCGAUUUGGAUGCAUUAUUUAAUACUCCGGUUAAACCUGAUCCCAGUUUGGUUGGUGCAAAGCGUGUAACUCUUCUUAAACCAUCAAACUCUGCCUCGUCCAUCUCAAGCAUGAAUUCCAACUCAGCAGGAUCUGUAUUCUUGGAAAAUACUCCUAAAAAAUCAACAUCUUACAAUUUUACUGCCAAUGACAAUGAUCAAACACCCAGAAUGCGUCCAAAAAACUAUGAAACAAAAGCAAGUCGGCCAGAUUUGGAUACCGCAUCUUGUGUGUCGGUCUCGCCGUCAAAAUCAGUACAAAGUGAUUGCAGUUUGAGUUCUAUGACUGCUCCACCUCGAACACUGGGUGGAGGAUUAAGACUCCAAUGUGGUUCAAGUAUGAUGUCCAACGAGUUUUCACGAUCAUCCAGAGUUUCCUUGCGCAGGAAAUCCAAUAUACUUACUUUUGGUAACAAUCACACUAUUAUGCCUUCAAAAUCACUAAAAAUCGAACCAACAAAUCGACUGGCUCAUAUGCUGCAAGAUCAAAACAAUGAAGACAAUGACAUGGGUUCCAAAAUUGACGAAGGGCUUUCUUCGAGCGAUGAAGAUGGUAGAAAGAUUCUAUCUAUUCAUGAACUGCGAGAGGCAGGUGAAGUAAAGCGUUUCAAGGAUGAAAUGGAUUACUUUUUUGACGGAAUGAGCGCAUCUCAAGGACUCAAGGUACGACGAUUAACGACCGCCGAACUAUGUAAAAAACUUGCGUCUUCCAAGUUUGUCUCGAGUAUUCGUGCCCAUUCAUAUACAAAACAACUCUUUAGUCUGUUGGUUGUUGGAGAAGAUCCGGUCAUGCGCCUUUAUUUGACAUUUAUUUUGUGGAUCCUGUCAAGGGAUGUCAGAAAUAUCGAGCCACUUUUUUUCUGCCAGGAGCUUCCUGCUGCAAUUGUAAUGUCUCUUACUCUUUCUAAAACUGAUGAUCUGUUUUUGAAUCCUCCAAAGCAAAAGGGCGAAAAGGCACUGAUUGAGGAGUUGAAGCAUUUAAUCAGCACCUCAUUCCGGAAAACUUCAGAGACGAAAUACAACAAGGUUUCUAUGUUUCAACUUUCAUUGGAAACGCUUUCAGAGGUAUCUACAGUUUGCGGACCUUUAGCUACCCGACUUCGAGUUUGUUUAGCAGAACACAAUGCAUUCUCUAAACUUGUCCAGUGUUUGAAGUUAUCAGCUUUGACGGACGCACCUGGCCAGCAUGAUGAGUUGAAAAUAUAUUUGCGAGUUUUUGAAUUCAUGACAUCAAAGUGUUUCAGCAACCAGCUCAGUGAUACUGAUGCUGAGCUACUUUUUGAUUGGCUUUUCAAACUGAUCAACCAUUUCAAAGCACAAGUUCAAAACACGAACUCGGGUCAAGUGAAAUUACUCACGCAGUGUAUGCGCAUAGCGCUGCACCUUGAUAGAAAUCAAGCAUGGCCGACUGUAACGAGUCGACAUGAUUGGAUUCGUACAAUUCUUCAGCUAGUUGUAUAUAAUUCAACGUUGAGUGUUCAUGACAAACCCAUAGCGGAUAAAAACGACGUGUCAAUCAUGUCAGAACCAGUAUUUGAACUAUCAGUUAUUUCCAUAUCGCUGCUCGUAAACAUUCUUGAAUCAGACACAAAUUCUGCGGAUUUGUUCACCACAAUCAGAUUGAGUCAGGAUUGUAGUAUGUCUGGAGCAUGCAUGGACGAUUGUAUCUGUUCUUUACGACUACCAGCCAUUGUCUUGAUUGCAAAUAUGCUUGAACAUUGCACGGAUUCUUCCACCAAGGCAUCACAUAUAGCUAUGUUAUUUGGGUGUGUGAUCAAACAAAGUAAAAAGGCAAAACAAUGGAUGACAGAGAAAAAAUGGUCAGAUCUGGCCAUCUUCGCCGUGUCUUUACUUGAUGAUUUUGCUCAAUUCCAUGAACAAGUUGUAUUGGAGCACGAGGCAGUAGAUAGUGCUGACGAUUAUGGCGUUGCUCAAACAAGAAAUACAAUUUUGACAGUCAUGAACUGUUUAAAGGAAAAUAUUUGA